CAAGUGUAACAUCAGCGGUCGUGGAGAGUCUCCAUCCAGCUGGCUGCUGAUGAAAGGUGAUUCUGACCCGGCCUCUCUCACAGUGGAUCCUGACUUGUCUCAGCUGUUUGAGUAUGACAGUCUGAAUGUGAUCUGUGGCGACAACAGCAGCGUUCAAUGGAAGGUCAUGAGGAACACAACCCAUGAAGGUGGCAGGUUUUCCAGCUGUGGAGGUCUAUGGGGGACUACAACAGACUUUGGCUGCACCAUCAAAGGAGCCAAAAACUAUGACAGCGCUAUUUACUGGUGCGAGUCUCCUGCAAGACAGCGGAGCAACUCUGUCUACAUCAAUCUAUAUGAUUCAUCUAUACAACCAGUGAUCCUGCAGAGUCCUGUCCUCCCUGUGAUGGAGGGACAUGAUGUCACUCUGCGCUGUAAAACGAAGACCCCUCCCUUCAACCUCACAGCUGGUUUCUAUAAAGAUGGCUCCCUCAUCAGGACUGAGCCUACAGGUCACAUGACCAUCCACCAUGUUUCCAAGUCUGAUGAAGGCCUCUACAAGUGUAACAUCAGCGGUCGUGGAGAGUCUCCAUCCAGCUGGCUGUUUGUAAGAGAUCGCGCUUCACCCACUGCAGAGCCAACCCAGAUGUCUGUGCUGAGCGUGAUCCGCCACCUGGUGGUCUUCUCACCAUACUGCGUAGCGACUGUUCUUAUGUUGUCUUUAUAUCGACAAAGGCCCACAGGAAGGAACCCACCUGUUUCUACGACGACGUCUCCGCUCAGAGAAGAUGGCGAGAAAUUGGACCAACCAUAUGAUGAUGUCAUGGCUGAUGUCACCACCGAGCAUCAUUUCUAAGCUAUACUUUCUUCUUAUGUUGUUUGUUCAUCUGUAUGUUUUUUAUUUUAUUUUUUUUUAUAAAAUGUUCUCUUUUGUGUCAGCAUCAUAAUAUUUUAUAUUUAUAUUUUAAAUUUAACCUAUAUAGGUAAGUUUAAAAUAUGGUAAUCAAGUUCAAUCAAUCAUUCAAGUUUUAUUUAAAAUGCAUAAUAACCAAAAGACAUGGUCCCAAUACAUGCUGCAAACCUAUGGACCUGGUUCCAUAGAUGGGAAACAUGGGAACAAAACACUGAGAGAAAAGAUGGUCAUUAUUUGCUUUUAUUUUGAUCUAGUGACUGAAUUUAGAAGCUGCAGAACUUAUUCCAAGACAUCUGAACCAAACAAACACAAACAAUGAAUCAAAUCAAUCAAUCAAAAUUUAUUUAUAGAGCACUUUAAAAUCCAAAGUGGACACAAAGUGCUGUACAGUAAAACAAUAAAUGAAUACAUAAAAGACACUUAAUACAAAGUUCACAUGAUGCAUAAAAUACAAAUAAAAACAAUAACAACCAUACAAUAAAACAAUAAAAUCAAUACAACCAAAACAAGAAAUGUCAACUUCAAUUUUCAAAGGCCAAAGAACAGAGGUGGGUUUUAAGAAGAAACUUGAAGAGACCGUGAAGAUGCCUGUCUAAUGUGCAGAGGUAGAUCGUUCCACAGUUUAGCAGCUUCUACAGCAAAAGCUCGGUCCCAUCUGAAUAUGCGCUUUGUUUUGGGCACACUUAUGAGCGGUUGAUCAGCAGACCUGAGAGAACAGGUGGGUCUAUAGGGGUGUAGCAGCUCAGAGAUGUAGGGUGGGGCAAGACCAUUAAGACUUCUAAAAGCAAAUAAAAGAAUCUUAAAAUGGAUCGGCUAAAAUGGGGGAAAUGUGCUUGUAUGUACGUGUUCCAGUUAAAAGACGCGCUGCAGCGUUUUGUACCAUCUGGAGACAAGCAAUGGAGGACACACUGACAGUUUCAGAGUGCUGCCUGGAAAGAAAUGGCUUUAUUUUGGCCAGUUGCCUCAAUCGAAAAAGAGCUUGUUUUUAUGACUGUCCUUCAUAAGUUUGUCCGUCAAACUUAAGGUCAGAAUUGAUUUUAACCCCUAGGUUAGUGAUUGUUGGCUUAAUAUACUGACUCAAGGAACCCAGAUCGACACGGGUGGUCCCAGUGGUGCCACCAAAAAACAUCACUUCUGUGUUACUUUCAUUAAGGCUUAAAAUGUUAAGAGCCAUCCAGGCCUUUACGUCAUCAAGACAUUUUAGUAACGGUCCAACAGUUUCAUUCUUUUUAAAGAGUUGGUAUUCUGCUCAUUUUCAGGUUCAAAUCCUAUUUAGAGGUUGUACCAGAACAGGUUUACAUGGUUUCAUUUUCAAAAAACACCAUAUUUUUUUAAUACUGCACUGAAUAUUGAUCAGUCUGAAUAUUGUGCUCAUCCAAGGCGGCCAUUAACUGCAAACUAUCUUUUGAAGGAAUUUUAACAGAAAGGUUAGUUUGGAGAUAGGCCUGAAAUUAGUGAGAUCUGCAGGAUCCAGACCAGGUUUUUUAAUUAAAGGUUGCACUACUGCAUGUUUAAAAAGUUCAGGGACCACCCUGAGGAAAGGCUACUAUUUAAAACUGCAAGAAUAGAUGGCCCUAUUGUAGGGAAUAACUCCUUAAAAAGUCGGGAGGAAUAGUAUCAAUUGGAGAACCUUAGGACUUAAAAUGCCCAACAAUCUUCUGUAAAACAAAGUCACUGGUUCAAACAAAAAUCAUCUGUCAUUUGGAGCAAAAACAUGACAUCUUUCUAGAACACAUUUACACCUCUAUCAUGAAUCAAGUUUACCUGAAUUGGUCUUUCUCUGAGUGAUCAGACUUCACUAAACCUGUCAGAGUUAAUCCUGAUAACUGCUCUCAUCUGCUUACAAUAUAAGAUUAGAAGAGUUUAAAGUGAGACUGUCGCUGCUGCUGAAGUCUGAGAUCCUGACUUCAACAGCAUCUGCAAGUCAAACUAGAACAUGAGGAGUUCCACAGGGAAGUGUUCUGGGUCCUCUGCUGUUUGUGAGCAAAAUGUCACGGGGGAGGCGCAAGAGAAAGUUUUGGACUCAGCACAAAUCAAUGAUGUAACACCAGUGUAUGCUGUGAUAAUAACCAACUUCACCUGUAAAAGCCCUGAGACACAAACUUUCCUCAGAUCAUGUGUGUAAUGACUAUUUUCAAGAAAUUAUUCCAAAUGUCAGUACACUUUACAUAUACAACAUAAUAUAACAUGUGGAGUACAAUUCUAACCAUUAUCUCUAGUGUAAUGGAAACUUGUCCUUUAGCGAGUCUUCUGAAAUAAAGACAUCUUUUAAGGGUUUUAUUCUUUGCAAAGGGUCAGACAAACUUACAGAGUGCAAACCAGUCUGCAGAGUGUAAGACAAAGAGCCAGUGAAGAAGCAGGUGACUUUAUACUGUGAGGGUAUUACGCAGCUAUCCAAGGGAGGAAGGCAGUAGGGACCAGCUGUCCUGAGAUGAAGGCCUAUCAAGGACAGUCUGAUAAGAAAACUCUCAAAACUCUUUCCCAUGGAAUACUUCACCUAGCUGUAACAUGAUAAAAUAAUCAAAUACCACACAGUGAAACACUGGUCUAUUCUGAUGAAGCAUGCAGGGUGAAACAGUAAACACAGUAAAAUAUCAAAUUUCCAUCACACUAGUUAGCAAUUUAUAUCUGCAGAAGCAUUUCCCACUUUAAACUACAGAGUAAAUACAGCAAUACACAAGAGAUAGAAAACACAAUCAUGCUGAUAACAUAAUACACACAAUUAAACCCUUUAACAGUACUCAGUACAGUUCAGAAACCUAUACAGAACAAAACUAAGACAGGUACAAUGUCUCUGCACGGCUACUAAGUACUGCUCUUUCAGCUACGACUUCCUAAUGUGGCUAGCUUACUCGUUGUCGUGUAAUUAACGUCCUAAUUUCACAAUGUUCGAACUAACUGUGCGUAAUGACUGAUGGGAGGAAGCGAGGUGCACCGUAACAUAGCUCAACAGUUUUACCUUCUGCUGGAGUCCUCUAGUAACUACAACAGUCUUGUUCACGCUUACUGCUGCUGGUGUUAGAAUGAUAUUUUGCACAUGAAAAAUAAAGUCUUUUUUCACUGCA